CCCAGAUAUACGCACUCAUCCACAGACAAGGACAUGUCGCCACCAGAGCAGCAGCCUCACCUCCUGGCUCGACCACCUGGAAUGGCCUGACUCAACUCAACUCAACAUGUGCCCUGACUUGAGCAGCGGGCCGACUGGGCCCCUCCCUCUCUCACCCAACACUCCUCCUGUCUCGACCAUGGCCUGAGCACCGCGAUUCAUGCCCACCAGGUCAGGCCCACGAUACGACCCAUCGCCAUCUCCACGCACAACCCACACGCUCCUAUCGUGUUACGUACUUGGUUGCCAGCACGGACAGUCAGGACCCCGCCAGCAUCCGACACCACGGCCGAGAGGCAGCGGGCUCAGCUCAGCGCGCGGCAACAAGGACAUUGGCGCACCCCGGCCAGCACGGGGACCCCAGAUCGGCAGCUGCAGCCAUGCCACAGCCUGUUGAGGACGAGUCCAGACUCACGCCCAG